GAAAUGAUAGAAAGUGGAAUUACGACCAGCAUGUCAGGAAUUCUUGAAAAUGCAGGUCAUCAUCCCUCUCCACAAGACUACAGGUAAGACUGGAUUUAUAACAUUCAGUUACUUUAAAGACAGCCUUUUAAUGAUUUUAAUCAGACUAAAUCCUAACCACAGAUAUAAGGUUUUGAUAAAUGUUGUAUCUUUGUUAAGUUGGCUACACUUAACACUGAAAAUAUGAUUCAAAAUGUUCAGGUAUAAGGAUAAUUCCAAGAUAGGUUUUCCAAAAUCUCCCUAUAUGUUUAAUCCAAAUGUAGAUGGACAACUCUUUCAGUGAAGGGAGGGGGCGUAUGAAAAAGGGGAAAGAAAAAACAACAACCGUAGAAUAAAUGAUUUUCAGUCUGAAUGGAUCUGUCAGAAACCAUCAGCUCUGUUUACACUCCCGCUGUCGGCACACGGAGAGACUGAGCCGCUUGGCCCGCCGGCUCCGAGGGAGAGAUGGGGCUCUCCGGGUCACUACCAGGGAGAAGUGGCUCCCAAUUAGGAGGAGGAGGUGGGAGGGGGAGGGAACGAUAAGGGGGGGGAUGGGGGGGGGGGCUGGUGCUAGAUGGGGGACACCAUAGACCAACAUGCCUCGCUGAACAUGCACUUUAUUGUGGGUUAAGUGUGUGUGGGGGAUUUUCAGAAAAGCAUGAAGAAUGUGACCGCCUUGCAUAGUUCUCAUUCGUUUAACAUAUAAAGUAUGAGUCAUAGGCUAGGACUGUUUCCAAUCGAGUUGAAAUAUUUUGUUCAAAUCCCACUAAUUGUUAAAGAGAAUUUUCAUGUUCUACUCAAAACUCAACAGAACAUGAUUUUUGUACCUCUUCCAUUUUGAAAAUAGGUCCAAAACACCUUACAAGCAUCCCAAUCCUAAUGUAUCCUUUCUGAAGGUCAAGUCUGUAUUUGAUGCAUCUCAAUUAAAACAUUCAAAAGUUGAUUGAACCGCAAUAAACUUCAGACAUGUCCUUGAGAAAGGGAUACUUUUGUAAUAUGAGUUGGAUUGGUGUGCUUGUAAGGUGCUUUAGACAUAUUUCAGAAUGAAUGGGUGGGCUAUUGGAAUACUGACAAAACACAAUGACUAUCAAAUACCUAAGUAAAAUAAACUAAAUACAUAUCCCAAAAACUGUAUUGGGGAUCCAACUACAGCCAAGGUAAGUGGAAAAAUUAUGUGAAGUUGUAUUGAGUUGAAACAAUAAAAAAGCUUCUUAAAUGAAUAACCACUCUUAAAUGUAUAGACAGACAGAGCAAUUGAUGCAAGGACUGAUCAGCUAAGAUAUCUGAAUUAUAUUUGUAAGAAUAUUUGAGGCUUUACAGUGUUUGUUUACAUUUACGAGCUUAUAUUUUGGAUUCUGAUGGGGUACAACAGCUGAACUAAACUCAUGAGGUAUUUUUCUAAGUUAUAUUCUUGAAGAAUCAAUUAGUAUAUAUCAUUAAUUUAUAAGUAAAACAAUUCAUGUAGCAACUGCAGUUUUUCCCUUUGAGGCCAAAAUAAUAAUAUUUUUGACAUAUGCUUCCAUUGGAACUAGUGCUCGCUAAAAAGUGUUUUACCAAUUUGGAUUUAGCUCUAACUAUAUAUGUAUUUUGUGUUGUUUUUCUUGGGAGCGAGAGAGCGAGAACGAGAGAGAGAGAGAGACAGAGAGAGAGAGAAAGAGAGCGAGAGAGAGAGAGAGAGAAAGAGCGAGAGAGAUAAUGUAUGUGGCGGAUGUGCAUGUGUCUUUUUGGUGGGGUAGAGGAAGCUUACACUUCAAAGCUCAAGAUGAAAUCUUGUCUACUGCCCUCCUUCUGGGGGAGGGAGGGGGGACAGAGAGGGGAGAGGCUGGAAAGGGACAGGGAAGCAGAUGGCAUCCUACUUGUCUCUCUUGUGUGAGCGCUGUCAUUCCAACAGAUUAAUGCAGGGACUGGUAAAAAAAAACGGCAGAGACAAUCAAGGGAGGGUCUGGGGGGAAACAAUAGAGCCACGUGCCACUGGGCAGAUUUGUCGUUUGGGAGACAAUAGGUGAUCACUUAUCAAUAGACAAGGCCAACUGUUACAGAGCAACAUGUGCCACUCUCCCAUGUUUUCAAAUGAUCCCAUGCGCUGUUUACUUAUGAUUCAGCCAAUGGUUAGAGGGAGAUUGUGGUCACCUGACUUAGGGGUGAUUUUGUUUGCAGUUGGGGUUGGGGUGGGGAGGGGGUCCUACGGUGUCCAGACCCACAAAGUAACUGAAUAGUGAGUGUUGUCAUAGCGACCCCAAUUACUGAACUCUUCUACAGUAAGUAUGUGCAGAGACAACUGGAGAGAAUUCAAGAGGAUUCCUCUCUUUUCUCCCCGCAGAGCCCUCCUGUCUUUAAAGAAAUAAUGAGCAAAAGCUGAUUGGCAGCCCAUGCCCCGAUUCAGAAGAAAUUAUGCAGUAAAUCUUAACCAAUAUCAUUGUACGCUGGUAAGGAAAUUCAUUUUAGACAAGACUAAAUAAUCAUUAGGUUGUGGUUGUGUAGUUAAUCUAGUGGGGUUUUUUGUACAGUAUUUCCCAAAGCUGGGGAAGUAACCAUUAAAAUGUAAAAUGUUGAUGAGGAAGUUCACAAGCAAGUUUGAAGUGGGAUUAAUAAUGUUGAGAAUCUUGGCUUUGUAUCCAUAAUGUUACUAUUACAGUAAUUAGCUAAUUAAAUAGCACUCUAUAAUCUACUUGUGGUAAAUCCCAGAUAAAACGAUACUCCUGGAUUAUGAUUUGUUCUCAUUUCUCCCCCUCCAAUAUUGGAUGUAUUACUUUAGAAUAACUCGCUGUUCAGUCCGUGUCUUGUAUAUUUGCCCUAGAUAUAACCAGACCUGGGUUCGAAUACUAUUUAUAAAAUGUUACCUUCUCAUUUGUUUUGGAGUUUGCACUUUUGGGACUUUUGGUAUUGGUUCCGUCGCAACAAUGCUUUCAAAUAGUAUUUGAACCCAGGUCUGGAUAUAACCCACAGUUGUAGUCUAGGCUGUGUAUCUGAGUGGUUGUGUUGCUUGUGUCCCGCCUCUGCAGACUUCUGACCACAGACCCCUCCCAGCUCCGAGAGGAGGAUCUCCCCGGGGACCUGCAGUCUUUGUCGUGGCUCACCUCGGUAGACGUUCCCCGGCUGCAGCAGAUGGCUGAUGGUCGCAGUGAUGGCGGAGGAGACUUCAACGGGCCUUCCCAGGGGCAGGGGGGUAACCUGCUGGAGCAGCAGACAGGUGAGACACACACACGGUCCACGUUGGUGGGGCUGUGCCAUUUCAAAUCCACCCACAUACACUUUGAUUGGAUAGUUCAGGAGUACUGCUGGGCCCUGAUGUCGAGGAGGACAAAUUGGCCAAAGCCAUUACAGUUGGAAACAAGCUAUAACUGCCAACCUGGCUAAUGAGACUUGCAAGACAAAUGAAAUCAUUGAUGUAUAAGGGGUUAUAGACUCGGGCCUGUGCUAAUACUUGAUAGGGCCAUGGGCCCUGUUUGAAUACUUUACAGAUUCAUCCUCCUUGAAGUACAAUAACAGAUCUGAAUGGUUGGAUUGGUGAAGUAAUAGGGUGGUAGUCUUGCUUAAACUUAUCCCAUCACCUAUAUAUCUACACUUACCUCAAGGAAACGAGGAAGAAAGGAUGCAUUUCUAAAGUAUUGUAACAGGGCCGAUGUGUGGAGAUUGAUUGGAGACUGACCUGGAUGUUGUACUGCUUCCUUCCUCACAGCUCAGCUGAACAACAUAACCAUGGCAGGGGGACAGGGAGCCAUGAUCCACCAACAGAGCAACAUGCAGCACAGCCCCCUGGGAAUUAACGUCAUCACCGCCCAAAGCGGAAGUGUAUGUUUUGCUUCCCAACCAAUUAUUUAUCAACAAAAAAAACAUAUUUUAAUCAAUGCUUAUACUCUAGGACAGUAAAGUAUAGGAUAUACUUAAUAUAUUAAACGUGUCCUCGGUCUAAUUCCACAGAUGUCUCCAUUCUCCAUGAAUGGGCAGCCCUCCCCAGGGUACCAAUGCCCUGCCUCUGUCUACCAACCUACACCCCAACAAGUGUUCACUCUGACCCAGACUAGCCAGCAGGUAACUACGUCAUCCCUGCAACUGGGCUGUGGAUUCAGUUUGUGAAUUAGAGAUUAAUCGUUACAUACACUGAGUGUACAAAGCAUUAGGAAAACCUGUUCUUUCCAUGACAUAGACUGACCAGGUGAAUCCAGGUGAAAGCUAUGAUCCCUUAUUGAUGUCACUUGUUAAAUCCACUUCAACCAGUGUAGAUGAAGGGGAGGAGACAGGUUAAAGAAGGAUUGUUAAGCCUUAAGACAAUUGAAACAUGGAUUGUGUAUGUGUGCCAUUCAGAGGGUGAAUGGGCAAGACAAAAGAUGAAGUGCCUUUGAACGGGGUAUGGUAGAAGGUGCCAGGCACACCGGCUUGAGUGUGUCAAGAACUGCAAUGCUGCUGGGUUUUUCACGCUCAACCGUUUCCUGUGUGUAUCAAGAAUGGUCCAAAGAUUAUCCAGAUAUCUUGACACAACUGUGGGAAGCAUUGGAGUCAACAUGGGCCAGCAUCCCUGUGGAACGCUUUCGACACCUUGUAGAGUCCAUGCCCCAAUGAAUUGAGGCUGUUCUGAGGGCAAAAGGAGGUGCAACUCAAUAUUAGGAAGCUGUGACUAAUGUUUUGUAAUCUCAGUGUAUAUACAGUAUUGUUAGAGUAUUUAGUGUUACUAAAAUAGUUAUAAGAGCUGUCCAGCGUAUAACUAGAUUACAACGUAAACCUGUUAAUAUAGUAUUGCUACUAGAGUAAUUACAGUGUUACUACAUGGGUAUAAGAGCAACUUAAUGUAACGCGUUAGAGAUUACUCUACCAGUUUACCGCCUAAUUCUGAUUAAGGGUUUGAUGUUAAGAUGCCAUUCAUUCAAACAACAAUAAAUAGGUUUUUGAAAUAAGUAGAAAAUAAUACACAAUACAGAUUUUCUAGAUUGUUCACUCAUUUUUCUUUGCUCUCUAUCCCUCUCAGUGUACUCCUGCUGGGCUCUAUAGCAAUGUCUCGUUCAACAACCAAAGCCUGUUCACACAGCCGUGCCUGGCUCCACAAAACCAGGACCUGCAGCCCAAGUCUUUCCCCAAGCCCAUUUACUCCUACAGGUGAGCUUCCCCCUGGGCCAAGUGUCAUUACCGUAGUAUUGUAUUGCCUGGGUCGUGUUCAUUAGGGCGCACAAUGGAAAAUGACAAAUUCAGGUAGUCCUUUCCUGUUUCAGUCUGUUUUCUUCCCUUUGGUGCCUAGUGAACACGAACCUGGUCUAAUUAUCAACAGUAUAUAUAGCCUAAUGCACUUACUUCUUGUCUCGCUACUUUGAUCCAUCCUCAGCUGUUUGAUCUCUAUGGCUCUGAAGAACAGCAAGACAGGCAGUCUCCCAGUCAGCGAGAUCUACACCUUUAUGAAGGAGCAUUUUCCCUACUUUAAGGUACGACUCGAUCGGAUCCUCUAAGGCACAUGUCAAACUCAUUCCACGGAGGCCCGAGUAUCUGCGGGUUUUCACUCCUCCCUUGUACUUGAUUGAUGAAUUAAGGUCACUAAUUAGUAAGGAACUCCCCACACCUGGUUGUCUAAGGCUUAAUUGAAAGGAAAAAACAAAAAACUGCAGACACUAGGCCCUCCAUGGAAUGACUUUGACACCCCUGCUCUAAGGGCUGGUUUCCCAGACCCAGAUUAAGCCUAGCCAUGGACUAAAAAGCAUGCUCAAUAAAUAAUCUCCAUUGAGCAUGCUUUUUAGUCCAGGACUACUCUUAAUCUGGGCCUGGGAAACUGGCCUAAUAUUCAAUAGGGAUUGGGGUAGCAGAGAUUUUAGGUAAGCAUCGUGUUAAGUGAGUCGUUUAAAUGUCUCCUUCCGCUUCCUGGUUUUUCCCCCCCCUGAAGACAGCACCAGACGGAUGGAAGAACUCAGUCCGACACAACCUCUCACUAAACAAGUGCUUUGAGAAGGUGGAGAACAAGAUGAGUGGGUCCUCUCGUAAGGGCUGCCUCUGGGCCCUGAACCCGGUCAAGAUCGACAAGAUGGAGGAGGAGAUGCAGAAGUGGAAGCGCAAGGACCUCCCAGCCAUCCGCCGCAGCAUGGCCAACCCAGGUGAGACCACAGGACUGACUGAGGCCCAUUCACACUUAACCUGGGUCCUGUUCAUUAAGCACAAAAUGGAAGAAAAGGGACGGAAACCGGGAGGGACAACCUGGACUUAAGAAACGCUCAUUUUCGUUUUCCAUUGCAUAAUGUUUUUAAACGUUUUCCUUUGUGUGCUCUAAUGAACACAGCCCAUCAAUGAAGAACACCCACCACCAAUUCAUUUGAUUAUGCCCAUUCAGUUAUACAUCUCAUAAGCAGGGCCGGAUUAAGAAAUCAUAGGCCCCGGGGCUUUUUUUUUUAUAACCCCCCCCCCCCCCCACACCAUAAUUUUCUGUGAACUAAUCCGUGCACCAAGAUGCAAUUCAAUGCGUGGUAAAUUUACUGUUGAAGAAAAAGCCCCCUUAUAAUAAAGCCAUAAUAACAUUUGCAAUGUGGCAUAGGCUACAGUGAGGCGUUUUUAGAAUAUCCACACAUGGGGAUCAUUUGUUAGCCUUUUAAACAAUGCAUUUCAUGCAAUUCUACGUCAUUUACAUGAUAGAAUACAUUAGCUGAAUCUUUUUUAAUACCACACAAAUGACCGAAAUGAGUGGCUACUCUGACAAACUGAGAUCAAGCUGGUCUUGAAAUCAAACAAACAAUAGGCCAGGCCAAAGAAGCGACACACAGAUUGUACAAUAUUAGGAGGCUAUAUAUAAUGAACAAAUAUAUAAACGCAACAUGUCAAGUGUUGGUCCCAUGUUUCAUGAGCUGAAAUAAAAUAUCCCAGAAAUGUUCCAUACGCACAAAAAGCUUAUUUCUCUCAAAUUUUUGUGCACAAAUUAGUUUACAUCCCUGUUAGUGAGCAUGUAUCCUUUGCCAAGAUAAUCCAUCCACCUGACAGGUGUGGCAUAUCAAGAAGCUGAAUAAACGGCAUGAUCAUUACACAGGUGCACCCUGUGCUGGGGACAAUAAAAGGGCGCUCUAAAAUGUGCAGUUUUGUCACAAAACAAAAUGCCACAGAUAAGGGUGUGGAAUUGGCAUGCUGACUGCAGGAAUAUCCACCAGAGCUGUUGCCAGAGAAUUGAAUGUUAAUUUUUCUACCAUAAGCCGCCUCCAACGUCGUUUUAGAGAAUUUGGCAGUACGACCAACCGGCCUCACAACCGCAGACCACAUGUAACCACGCCAGCCCAGGACCUCCACAUCCGGCUUUUUCACCUGCGGGAUCGUCUGAGACCAGCCACCCGGACAGCUGAUGAAACUGAGGAGUAUUUGUACCUGUAAUAAAGCCCUUUUUGUGGGGAAAACCAAUUCUGAUUGGCCUGGCUCCACAGUGGGUGGGCUUUUGCCCUCCCAGGCCCACCUAUGACUGCGCACCUGCCCAAUCAUGUGAAUUCCAUAGAUUAGGGCCUAAUUUAUUUAUUUCAAUAGACUGAUUUCCUUAUAUGAACUGUAACUCAGUAAAAUCAUUGAAAUUGUUGCAUGUUGCGUUUAUUUAUACUUACGUUUUACUUAGUAGCCUACUGUAGCCUGUAAUAUAAAUAUAUAUACAGUACCAGUCAAAAGUUUGGACACACUUACUCAUUCAAGGGGUUUUCUUUAUUUUUGUUAUUUUCUACAUUGUAGAAUAAUAGUGAAGACAUCAAAACUAUGAAAUAACACAUAUGGAAUCAUGUAGUAACCAAAAAGUGUUAAACAAAUCAAAAUAUAUUUUAUAUAUUUGAGAUACUUCAAAGUAGCCACCCUUUGCUGGAUGACAGCUUUGCACACUCUUGGCAUUCUCUCAACCAGCUUCAUGAGGUAGUCACCUGGAAUGCAUUUCAAUUAACAGGUGUGCCUUGUUUUAAAGUUAAUUUGUGGAAUUUAUUUCCUUCUUAAUGCGUUUGAGCCAAUUAGUUGUGUUGUGACAGGGUACUUAUUUUACCUAUUUGGUAAAAGACCAAGUCCAUAUUAUGGCAGCUCAAAUAAGCAAAGAGAAACGACAGUCCAUCAUUACUUUAAGACAUGAAGGUCUGUCAAUACGGAAAAUGUCAAGAACUUUUAAAGUUUCUUCAAGUGCAGUCGCAAAAACCAUCAAGUGCUAUGAUGAAACUGGCUCUCAUGACCGCCACAGGGAUGGAAGACCCAGAGUUACCUCUGCUGCAGAUGAUAAGUUCAUUAGAGUUACCAGCCUCAAAAAUUGCAGCCCAAAUAAAUGCUUCACAGAGUUCAAGUAACAGACGCAUCUCAACAUCAACUGUUCAGAGGGGACUGUGUGAAUCAGGCCUUCAUGGUCGAAUUGCUGCAAAGAAACCACUACUAAAGGACACCAAUAAUAAGAAGAGACCUGCUUGGGCCAAGAAACACGAGCAAUGGACAUUAGACUGGUGGAAAUUUGUCCAAAUGUAAGAUUUUUGGUUCCAAUCGCAGUGUCUUUGUGAGACGCAGAGUAGGUGAACAGAUGAUCUCCGCAUGUGUGGUUCCCACCGUGAAGCAUGGAGGAGGAGGUGUGAUGGUGUUUUGCUGGUGACACUGUCUGUGAUUUAUUUAGAAUUCAAGGCACACUUAACCAGCAUGGCUACCACAGCAAACUGCAGCGAUACGCCAUCCCAUCUGGUUUGCGCUUAGUGGGCCUAUCAUUUGUUUUUCAACAGGACAAUGACCCAAAACAAACCUCGAGGCUGUGUAAGGGCUAUUUGACCAGGAAGGAGAGUGAUGGAGUGCUGCAUCAGAUGACCUGGCCUCCACAAUCACCCGACCUCAACCCAAUUGAGAUGGUUUGGGAUGAGUUGGACCGCAGAGUGAAGGAAAAGCAGCCAACAUGUGCUCAGCAUAUGUGGGAACUCCUUCAAGACUGUUGGAAAAGCAUUCCAGGUGAAGCUGGUUGAGAGAAUGCCAAGAGUGUGCAAAGCUGUCAUCAAGGCAAAGGGUGGCUACUUUGAAGAAUUUGUUUAACACUUUUUUGGUUACUACAUGAUUCCAUAUGUGUUAUUUCAUAGUUUUGAUGUCUUCACUAUUAUUAUAAAAUGUAGGAAAUAGUAAAAAUAAAGAAACACUUUUGAAUGAGUAGGUGUGUCCAAACUUUUGACUGGUACUGUAUAUAUUUAUAUUACAGGCUACAGUAGGCUACUAAGUAAAAUGUUCAGUGGCACACUGACUCACCUAAUGAUGAAGAUGAAGCUGUAGGCUACUACUCAUUACAUUUUACAUUUACAUUUUAGUCAUUUAGCAGACGCUCUUAUCCAGAGCGACUUACAGGAGCAAUUAGGGUUAAGUGCCUUGCUCAAGGGCACAUUAACGUCAUUUAGCAGACGCUCUUAGCCAGAGCGACUCACAAAUUGGUGCGUUCACCCUAUAGCCAGUGGGAAUGAUGAUGGCCGACGCGCUUCUCUUGGCAAUAUCCUAUCUCAAGAUGAGCUACUUUGAAAAACAGUGCUGCUGUUGGCAAAAAGUUGAGAAAAUGCUUCAAUUGGUUCUACAGACAGAUUAGUCUUCUCUUUUCAGCAGUAGGCAUUUGCUUUCCAAACUGUAUGUUUUUCCCGCGAAAUCAGCAGAAGGCAAACAGACAGCAGCAACCAACCAUAUAAAUAUAAUCCAUAGAUGGCAGUUCCCAUUCAAGUCAGAACAGGAAGCCAUUGCUAGUGUACCCAUGAGUUUAAUUGUGAAAUUGACAGGGUAAGAGGUUCCAAAACCCUUCUAUGGAUUAUAUGUCUAUGGGCACAACGCAACAAGCUGUAUAUUUGGCACGCAUUCUGGCCAAAUUGUGGCCUUCCCGACAGUAGGCAACCAGUAACUGCCAAAAUAAAGGAAACACUUGAGUAAAUGAGGGAUACAAACAAUAUGCCAUUGGAACAGGACUGAUGGUUGUUGAUAAUGGGCCUCUGUACGCCUAUGUAGAUAUUCCAUUAAAAAUCAGCCGUUUCCAGCUACAAUAGCCAUUUACAACAUUAACAAUGUCUACACUGUAAUUCUGAUCAAUUUGAUGUUAUUUUAAUGGACAAAGAAAUUGCUUUUCUUUCUUAAACAAGGACAUUUCUAAGUGACCCAAAACUUUUGAACGGUAGUGUAUAUAAUAUAUAUAAUGUAAAUAUAAUCUAUAAUGUAUAUAUUAACUUUAUUUAUAGAAAAUAAAAAAAUAAAAAAUUGCUGCCUCUUGGGCCCCAGUAAUUCCCUGCCCUUGCGAUAAGCAGCGCCACAGAGAAAGAAUCUGCAUUCAGUUUUUUUGUUUCAAAUGGAGUCAUCAGUCCAUCAUCAGUUGCUGAAAUGGCCUGCUCCCUCUUUCCCUGUCAGAUGAGUUGGACAGGUUGAUCACGGACCGGCCAGAGAGCUGUAGACGGAAGCCCAUGGAUCCCGGGAUGACCCGUCUGUCCAGCUGUCCAUCCGGCCUAUCCCUGCCUGUCCCAGGACAGAUGAAUCCCCAGCCCAUGGUCACCCUAUCCCUGCAGUGCCUGCCCAUGCACCAGCAACACCAGCUUCAUGCCCAGCUCCAGGCCCAGGCCAGGCUGGCCCCAGUGUCCCCCGCCCCUGCCCAAACGCCCCCCCUCCACACCGUUCCUGACCUCUCCCACAGCCCCCUCGCCACCCAGCAUCCCGGCAAGCAGCCGCACGACUUCUACAGUCUCCAUGGUGAGGUCAACGCAGAGGUGGACAUGCUGGACCCCAGCAUCAUGGACUUCGCUCUACAAGGUGGGUAGCUAUAGUACUAGUCACAACAACAUUAUAUACUGUCUUAAAACUGUACAGUUAAAAAUGUUAUUUCCUGUGUUUUAUAUACAUUUACACACUGUGAGGUUGGAAUAAUACUGUGACAUUUUUAAAAUUAUGAUAAAAUGCCCUUUUAGAGUAAGAGCUAAAAUGUCAGCCUGUUUUGGUGGGAUGGAGUUUUGGCAGUAAAUUGGUUAAUAGAACAAUAAGAGUUGCAAACCUCUGCCAAGAAGCUAUUUUUGUUUAUUUUUGACUGAAAACGAAUUUUACCCAGAAAUGAUUUGAUCAAGAUUAAAACGGCUGCAUCGGGCCUUUAACAAUCUGCAAACCAAUGUUACUUUGCAUGGCAGUUGGCCAUUUUCUUGGCUCUCAGAAGCAGUGAUGACCAGUGACGUGACUAGAUUACCUCCUUCCUCAGGUAACCUGUGGGAGGAGAUGAAAGACGACAGCUUUAAUCUGGAGGCGUUGGGCACCUUCAGUAACUCUCCCCUGCGUUUGUCUGACUGUGACCUUGGCACCAUGACGGGCAGCCUCCCUCCUGUCUACAGCGGGGGCAGCAUGCCCUUCUCAGACCUGCAGGUGACGGGCCUGUACACCUCCUACGCCUCCCUGGACGCACUCUCCUCCCAGUACAUGGGCACGCCAGGCAACAGCAAGCCCAUCACUGCCCUGCUUUAA